AUGGCGGACCAGGCACUCCCCAUCGCACCCCUCUCAGAGUCAGAGGAAAUCAAGUACCGCAAGAAAUGCAAAGCACUCAAGAAGCGCAUCAGCGAAAUCGAACAAGCCAAUGAUACCCUCAUCACAAAGCUAGCACGGACAAAGCGCUACAUCCAGCGUACAAGGCUAGAGCGUGCCUUCCUGCUCGAAAAAUUGGAGCAAAUUGCAAGUCGUGAUAUGCAGGCGGAAGAUGAACACGCAUCACCCAGCCCACCGGCAAGUCCU